AUGCAGCGGGCAGUUCUACUAGCGACCUUGGCCAGCCUUAUCGAUGAGAUUGACCUUUGUCUCCUGACAGUGUCCUUCAUGCAGCUGGAGAGGCAGUUGGCCUUGACUCCAGACAAGUUGGGCGUCAUCCUCAUGGCUAGAGGGCUAGCUAGCAGCCUUUCAGGCGUUCUUUGGGGCUCAUUGGCCGACAAAUCAGACAGGAAGAACUUGAUUGUUCUAUCGAUGACAAUGGUAGGCCUUUGCACCCUGGCCACACCCUCGCUGGCGUCGCUGAGAGGCCUGCUGGUAACUCAGAUGCUCUCAGGGCUUUUUGCUUCAGCAGUCGCGCCAGUGUCGCAAAGCUUGGUGAGUGAGAACGUGCAGGAGACGGGCAGAGGCAUGGCCUUUUCUGUCUUGGCUAUGUGUGCAGGAUUUGCUGGAUCUGCUUCAGCGUUCCUAUACAGCAUUUUCACUUGGCAAUCAGCUUAUCGCAUGAUGGGCAGCAUGACUCUGACGCUUGCAGUAUGGAUUUUCAUAUUCUUCCCCGCUGACACUCGCGAGAAGCGGCGACAUUCCUUCAUGAGAGAGAUUGCAGCGGAGAUGGACCAGUUGAAACAUAUUUUUUCUCUCCCAACAUUCUUGGCACUAUUGCUUCCUGAUUGCGUUUGGCCAGGAGUCAAUAGGAGUUCUUCCUCAACUCUCCAGCUAGAAGCUUGA